AAAGAGAAACUGUACGCACUCCCUCCUAGCCACCGCUGAAGCCAAUGGCGACAUGGCGUGCCAACUGCGAGCCUUGUGGGUGUUCCACAUGGAGUCAGAAGUCCGUCUACUUACCAGCCGUCGCUUCCCAACGGUGGAGAGAAAGCUGCAACGGCUUCAAGGUGACAGCCACGUUCCGCUUCCUUGCGAUGAGGACAUCAGCCACAUUUUUGUCUCUGAGGUCCUCGAGGAGCAAGAAGAUCACAGCCUUCCGCCAGACUUGCCAGAGCCAUUUCACGAGGACUUUCGCCAGGGCUCCUUCAGCUGGGAUCCGGCAGAGGAGUCACGGAUGGAGAAGCUUUGGCCCAUGGGCCCAAUGACUGCGUUGAUGAAGGGCAGGAUUUGGCCAGUCGUAUUUCUGCACAAGAAAGGCUACUACCUGGUUGCGGCAGUGGCGAUUAUGGAUGGCAAGUGUCGUGGCCGGCUGGACAGCGGGAAUGACGGCACAGGUGAAGCGAGACCACGUGCGCUGGACCUGCCCCAGGUUACAGCCGCGUUCGCAGUUCUCGAGGACAUUUGCGAUUUCAUUCCAGCCAAUCUGUCCAUCUCUGAUGUGGCGGGCAUCUCUGAGCUACAGUACUACAUCAGAAGCGCGCUGCCCUUUGGCAGCCCGGUGAACACGAAUUUCCACCUGCUCCGCAUGGUUCGGCACGGCUUUCCGAACAAGGAAGAUGAUACAAGCCAGCGAAGCCCUGCGUGGAAGCCAUACUUGUACAAAGGGAAGCCAAAAUUGACACUGUCCGUGGUGGAGACGGUGAAUUGCACGCUGUAUGGGAAGUCAGAGUAUGAAGAUGAAUGCUUCAUCCAGGGCACUGUGUACUGCUGUGCAGACAUCGCCGGGGUUCCUGAAGUGUGUGUCCCUAUCUCCUUCCAACCAACAGCUCCCGGUGGAGAUGACUCCUCGCAGGAACACUAUAGUUCCAUUCCCGAAAUCAGUGUGCAUAACUGUGCACACAUCAUUGGUGGCAUCAAGUCUGCAAAGGAGGACUCGCUCAAGAUCUCGUGCCUUCCGCCAACGGGGCCCUUUGUGCUCUGCAGAUACAACUUCCGCCAAAGCCCCAUCACUCCUGUGCGUGGUUUCUAUCAGCUCAAGGAGCUCUCUCCAGUCGAGUUCCGUCUCCUCCUGCAGGUUCAGCUGCACCCACAAGUCCUUUCUGCGAGCAGUGGUUCUUGGAAUUGUCAAGUGAGGUUGCCUUUCGAUCAUCGAGGAGUCAUCCGCUCGCACGACCUCAAGUGUACCAGUGGAAGCUUCUCCUUGGCGGAUCACAGCCGCAGCAUAGUCUGGAACCUCAACGUGCGUCGACCACGAGGCUCUUUGGAGGCGAAUCUCCUGGGUGAGCUCAUUUUCGAGGCCCCACAAAAGCCACAUGAGCAGCAGAUCAAACGCGACCAGCAACCCUUGCAGCAGAAGCCCGCACCAAAUCCGCAGCCGCAGCAACCACAACAAGCACCAUCUCAGCCACCAUCUCAGCCAGCACCAUCACCUCAAGCAGAGACAGUGCCAGAGGAUAGUCCAGCACCAACGGCACAACCUGAAGAGCCGCCUUCGGGUGAAGAGCUUGAAGCUCCCGAGACGGGAGUAUCGCCUGAGGGGGAUGUUUUUGCAUCACGUUCAGGUGUAGACAUGCUCCUGAACGCUGCUGGUGGUGGGGCGCAUGCUGGCAGGGACGGACUUUCCUCGGCACAAGCCAUAGAUUUAGAACAGGACAUGUUGGACAGCGCUCUCCCUGGCAUCGGCUCAGAUGACAGACAUGGUGAAAGCCCGGGAGCUGCCCAGCAAGGACCGGUCCCAAGCGCUGCACAUCACCUAUUGCGUGGAGGCCAUGACGGUGAGGAGGACCAGGUGGAUUUGGCAGCCACGAGCUUGGUAAUCGCCGCUGUGGGAGCCCCUGCUCGUGCUGCCCUCACACCAGUGGGCAACAGCACACAAGGCGCAGCCACAACGGUCACUACUACGUCAGUGCCUAGCACCACAGCGGUGCAAGCAGUGCCUUCGGAUCCUUUCUUAAUGGGUGUGAACUGCUAUGCCGAAGUCUUCCUUGAGGUGCAGGAUGUGGCCCUCUCCGGGGUCAACAUUGAUCCCAAAGCCGUCACGGUUUAUCCCACAACCCGUGUUUAUGGGGGCGUGGCUGUGCAGAAGGAGUUCCUCACAGGGAAGUACAUCAUUUGGAACAUGGCAGGCGAGGUGCGGGGCCACUACAAUGGCCUCGAGUUCGAUUCCCUCAAGGGUGACGUGAACGAGCGUCAUAGCGCACAGCGCUGUUUGGAGGCCAAAGUGCCUCCAAACGGAUAGCAACGGCUGUCCUUAGAGAAACAGACCAGAAGGAUCCAGAAGGUUUGAAGUGAAAGAAGGAUCAAAAGUAGAUUCAGAGCGUGCAACCGGACUGGAGCUUAGGUCUCCACAUUUGGCUUGUCCAAUCUCACACCUUAUAAUGGAGCUGCCCAUGGUCACACCCAG